ACAACGAGAGUUUGACAGGUCAAGACAGAAUAAGGAGGGAAAUAACUUCUACAGAGAGAAGUCCACUAAACUGGUUUAAUAUUACGAUAGACUCCCUGGAUGGGGGAGGAAAUGGAGUGAGAAACGGUGGGAGAGAAAGAUGGCUGUAGUGCAGGUGAUUAGGGCGGGGUUGAGACGACACUGAACGUGUGAUUUACACAAACACAGAGCCGCACAACCGUAAUCCCGGGAGCCUGACAAACCCCCUGAGAGGAGAGAGAAUGGGAGAGAAACCACAACACUAACCCUGGACUACACACACUGACGGAACAGGGAAAAUGUAUGAAAUGUGUUGCUUUCUGUGACGGAAAGGGCCAAGGAUUAUAUCACUCGAUUGUUAAGGUUUCUUAAGGUCUGAGGCACACACACACAGAGGGAGAGAGAAUGUCUUCAAUGUCAGAAGCAGACUCCCGCUGUCAACCAGGAGACACCAUCUGUAAUAUCAGUGUGUACGAGCAAGAAGUGAUCAUCGUGCCCAUCCUCCUAUUGGCUAGCUUCCUGGUCAUGCUGGUCUUCAUCAUCCUGCUACGGUACUGUCCUGAGAAGGUGGACCGCAUCCGACCACAGAACACUGUGGCCACGUCCAGAUCACAGCGCUCCAGAAGACAACUGCACGGCAUUGAUGCUCCCCUGGGUAUCAACCCCCUGGAACAUGAGACUAUUUCUCUCGAUGCCCCCUCCUACUAUACCUUCUCCCCAACUCACUCCCACCCCUCCUCAAACUGUCUCUCCUCUGUGAGGACUCCCUCUCUCCCCCCUAUCCCCCCACCCAAGACCUUUACCCCAUCCUCCCCGUCCAGCCCCCCACCCCAGUCCUUCACAACUUCCUUCACCCCUAUGGUCCAGCCCAGGGAGCUGCCUCGCCAGAGGCUGCCAGAGUCCUUCAACCUAGUGGCCUCGCUGCCCGCAGCCUUCUCCCUGCGCUCUGACAAGGCUGUCUCUCUCUACAGGGCCCGCAUGGACAACAGGAACGCUGUGCUCCGAGUGCUCAACGACUCUGCGAGCGCCACAGAGAGGCACAACUUCCUGGGCUUUGCUUCCUUCUUGUCCCAGCUGGGGCCACACCCCUUCCUGCCGGAGCUCCUGGGCGUGGUCUCUCUGCGUGUGCCCCUAGUUACCGUUGUUGAGGAGCUAGAGAACAGAGAUCUGCUCAGCUUCCUGUGGCGGUGCAGACAGGAUGGUGUGGGCGGGGACCCUCCAUGUGAGAUCACAGAGAGACGUAUAUUUACCAUGGCCAAACAGGUAGCCUCUGCUCUGGAGUUCCUCCACAGCCGAGACCUUCUUCAUGGCAACGUCCGUGCUCACAGCGUACUGGUCAGCCGGGAGCUGACGGCCAAGCUGUGGGGACUGGGCGGGGUCUACACCAGGAAUACCCAGGGAGCUACUCAGACUGAAGUUCCUGGCAUGAAGAAAUGGCAGGCCCCCGAGCUAUUGGCUAGGAGGCCUGCCAAUCAUAGCAGUGACGUCUGGUCAUUUGGCAUCUUGUUGUUUGAAAUGGCAACCUUGGGUGAUGCUCCGUUUUCAGAUAUCUCCGUCAACGAGCUUCUACAGUUUCACCAGAGAGGGAAAACACUGAGAAAGCCAGCCAACUGCUCCAACUCACUGUACUCCAUCAUCAAGGCCUGCUGCCAAUGGAAGGAGCAGGAUCGCGCCACAUUGGCUGAGGUUGACCGCAAGCUCCAGUCAGGAGAGAAGAGUGCCAACGACAAAGUCCUCAAGGUGCCUGAGCCAAUCAACAUCGAGCAGUACCUGCAAGAGGCUGGAUAUGGGGAGUCCAACAGCUACACUGUUUUCUGAGUGGCGGCUGUGCCGUCCAAUGAAAUGCACUAUGCCGAGGGACGACGGUGGAUGUUUAUAUAUGUAUGCCUCCAUUCAUUCCAGAAAGAUAUUAAUUUCCUUCUGCCCUUUUUGUCUUUGUACCAUAGACUUAAGAUAGUUGAACAGACACAAUCGUUGAGUCAACUUUGUAGUUGAUUGUUUGUAGUUGAUCGUGUAUACCAGUAGAGGCUGCUGAGGGGAGAUCGGCUCAUAAUAAUGGCCAGAAUGGAGGGAAUGGAAUGGUAUCAAUUUCAUUUGUUUGAUACCAUUCCAUUCACUCAAUUCCAGCCCUUCCACUCCAUUCUAGCCAUUAUUAUGAGCCGUCCUCUCCUCAGCAGGCUCCACUGAUGUACACUACUGUUCAAAAGUUUGGGGUCACGAAGAAACGUCCUUGUUUUCCAUGAAAACAUACAUAAAAUGAGUUGCAAAAUGAAUAGGAAUUAUAGUCAAGACUUUGACAAGGUUAUAAAUAAUAAUUCAUUUUUUAUGAUUUUUAAAAUGUAUUUAUGAAGCCCUUCUUACAUCAGCUUAUGUCACAAAGUGCUGUACAGAAAUCCAGCCUAAAACCCCAAACAGCAAGCAAUGCAGGUGUAGAAGCAUGGUGGCUAGGAAAACUCCCCAGAAAGGCCAGAACCUAGGAAGUAACCUAGAGAGGAACCAGGCUAUGAGGGGUGGCCAGUCGUCUUCUGGCUGUGCCGGGUGGAGAUUAUAACAGAACAUGGCCAAGAUGUUCAAAUGUUUGUAGAUGACCAGCAGGGUCAGAUAAUAAUAAUCAGAGUGGUUGUAGAGGGUGCAGCAGGUCAGCGCCUCAGGAGUAAAUGUCAGUUGGCUUUUCAUAGCCGAUCAUUCAGAGUAUCUCUACUGCACCUGCUGUCUCUAGAGAGUUUAUAACAGCAGGUCUGGGACAAGGUAGCAGGUCCGGUGAACAGGUCAGAGUUCCAUAGCCGCAGGCAGAACAGUUGAAACUGGAGCAGCAGCACGGCCAGAUGGACUGGGGACAGCAAGGAGUCAUCAGGCCAGGUAGUUGUGUCCUUCAAACUUUGUUUUCGUCAAAGAAUCCUUGAUUUGCAGCCUUGCAGACCUUUGGCUUCUAGUUGUCAAUUUGUUGAGGUAAUCUGAAAAGAUUUUACCCCAUGCUUCCUGAAGCACCUCCCACAACUUGGAUUGGCUUGAUGGGCACUUCUUAUGUACCAUACGGUCAAGCUACUCCCAUAACAGCUCAAUAGGGUUGAGAUCCGGUGACUAUGCAGGCCACUCCAUUAUCGACAGAAUACCAGCUGACUGCUUCUUCCCUAAAUAGUUAUUGCAUAGUUUGGAGGGUCUUUGAGUCAUUGUCCUGUUGUAGGAGGAAAUUGGCUCCAAUUAAGUGGCGUCCACAGGGUAUGGCAUGGUGUUGCAAAAUGGAGUGAUAGUCUUCCUUCUUCAAGAUCCCUUUUACCCUGUAAAACUCUCCCACUGUACCACAAUCAAAGCACCCCGAGACCAUCACAUUCCCUCCACCAUGCUUGACAGAUGGCAUCAAGCACUCCUCCAGCAUCUUUACAUGUUUUCUGCAUCUCACAAAUGUUCUUCUUUGUGAUCCGAACACCUCAAACUUAGAUUCGUCUGUCACUUUUUUCCAAUCUUCCUCUGUCCAGUGUUCUUUUGCCCAUCUUAAUCUUUUAUUGGCUAGUCUGAGAUAUGACUUUUUCUUUGCAACUCUGUUUAGAAGGCCAGCAUCCCGGAGUCGCCUCUUCACUGUUGACGUUGAGACUGGUGUUUUGCGGGUACUAUUUAAUGAAGCUGCCAGUCUGUUUCUCAAACUAGACACUCUAAUGUACUUGUCCUCUUGCUCAUUUUUGCACCGGGGCCUCCCACUCCUCUUUAUAUUCUGGUUAGAACCAGUAAAAAAAACCACAAAUGCUGAUGCUCCAGAUACUCAACUAGUCUAAAGAAGGGCAGUUGUAUUGCUUCUUUAAUCAGAACAACAGUUUUCAGCUGUGCUAACAUAAUUGCAAAAGGGUUUUCUAAUGAUCAAUUAGCCUUUUAAAAGGAUAAACUUGGAUUAGCUACCACAACGUGCCAUUGGAACACAGGAGUGAUGGUUGCUGAUAAUAGGCCUAUGUACACCUAUGUACGCCUAUGUAGAUAUUCCACUAGAAAUCAGCCGUUUCCAUCUACAAUAGUCAUUUACAAUAUUAACAAUGUCUACACUGUAUUUCUGAUCAAUUUGAUGUUUUUUUAAUGGACAAAAAAAAAAAUUCUUUAAAAAACAAGGACAUUUCUAAGUGACCCCAAACGUUUGAACGGUAGUGUAUAUACUGUAUAUCAGGGAUGGGCAACUCCAGUCCUCAGGGGCCUGAUUGGUGCCACACUUGUGUCCUAGCCCCAGCUAACAUACCUGACUCCAAUAAUCAACUAAUCAGGAUCUUCAGUUUAGAAUGCAUUUAGUUUAAUCACCUGCGUUUGCUGGGGAUGGAGAAAAGUGUGACACCACUCCGGCUCCCGAGGACUUGAGUUGCCCAUCACUGCUGUUUAUGAAGGUUUACAAAUCUCGUCAUCAAAAUGAUUGUGUAAUAGGAGUAAUAAUAUAUGACUAGAAUUCAUUAUUUUUGUUGUGAUUUGAGGGACUGAAAGAACACAUGGGUGGAGACACCAGGCUUCGUUAGAGGUUUAUAAGGUGUUUAUAAGUUGUUUUGUGACACUUCAUUUAUCAUUUUAAGUCCAAAGAUGUAUGUAGCAACUAAUGAUUCUAGCUUUAAAUACGCCUGUCUCAUAAGUAGGACCAGAGUUUAAUUCUCCUGACCACGUAAGGUAAACAGGAAAAACUCAGGACCCUGGUUGUGCCUCCAGUUUGUUCUGGUCAGGUCAUGUGAUCAUGAAACCUCCCGGAAGAGGAAGCAAAAUCUCACUCACUCCUUUUUUCUGGUUCAUAAACAAUCAAUGAAAUGAAGAAGACCAGACUCAGCCGCUAAUGCCACGGUGCCACCCCUUAAGCAGACCGGAACUGUGACAAUUUUUUGUUCUAUGGUAAAUGGCCUGAGUGGGAUAUUUGGUACAAGGUAUAUGAAAGGUCAGAGUUCAGUGGUUGAUGUUCUACUGUAAAUGAGCACAUCUGAAGUCACGUCAUUUGCACACUCUCCACAAUGUGAAUCAAGAUAGAAGUUUACCAAUGUCAAUUAAAAUCGUUCACAGUGA